AGAUGCCCUCAGCUCAGAUGAUUUUGACAGCGCGGCGGGCGACUGACAGCAUGAGUGUGGGUGGCUGUGCUCAAACCGGCCGCUCCUUCUCGCUUCCUUCCUUGCCUAAGUUGCCUGCGCUCAUGCCGUCCUCCUUCCCACGCAAUUGCUACUAUCCAUUUGCACCACAGUCCCUCUCUCCCAAUCACCCACACAACAGCAACAUAUAUCGCAAAAAUGUCCAGCUCAAAGACAGGUCAAGUGCAGAACCAGGUCGACGAGGUCGUCGGCAUCAUGCAGGACAACAUCAACAAGGUCAUGCAGCGCGGGGAACAACUCGACACUCUUCAGAAUAAGACUGACGACCUCCAAAACUCAUCGCUGCAAUUCAAGCGUGGCGCCAACCGUGUGCGGAAGCAGAUGUGGUGGAAGGACAUGAAGAUGAAGCUCAUCAUUGGCGGUGUUAUCGCCGCGAUUAUUAUUAUUAUCGUUGUCACCGUCGUCGGCACAAAGAAGAACGACAACUCUCAACCGCAAACUUAAGGCCCGCGCUUCCCCAACAUCAUCACGCCGCCGGAAACUUAACCCCAUCUGUAAUAUCGCAACCCCCCCCGUCACUUAACCGAACACACCUCGGGCAUGUGCUCCCGUUCCCGUCAAAGCUUCACCUCCCACGGCGUACAUUUGGCAACCCACCCCAAAUCGGCGUAAACGAGCGCAACGGGGAAAAUCCUCCCACUCUUUCUGGACUUCUGAAUGUCACGCGAAAAAGCUGUAGGGGGGCGCUCUUAUCCACCCGUAAUGUCCCUUUCCUCCCAUCUUUCCCUUCAUUUUUGCGACCCUUCCCGGCCUCUCUUGUACAGCUUUAGUUGUUUUUUUUUAUGUGUGAAUGCAUGAAAAUGUAAAAACCUAUGUCCCUCACAGUGGGAAAGAUGACCGCUAUGCGAGCCGC